UAUCUCGCGUUUGGGGUUUGAAUGGUGGAAGACAGAGGGCCGUGUCGAUGUUUUGUGAUCUUUGGCCUUUUUCCGAAAGACCAAACGGGCGGGUCAGCACGAUGAAAUUAAGCGAACGCUUUCGGAGAGUAGAGAGCGUAAAGACACCGUACCGCGUUUAGGUGAAAGCGAGCGAGCUCUGCCAACCCAAUUCCUCGAGCGGACAUUGCGUGUGAAUACGGUGACAGUCAACAGCGUCCUCCCACCCUGCUUUUAUAUAAUGGAAGAUCGCAUACAGAUAUGAUGUGCUGAUGUAUACGGGAUAACAUACGGGAGCUUUGCGUGGAUGGUUGAGUUGACUUUGCGACGCCUCGGUUCAUCUCGAGUCUCUUAUUUGUCGCCUGUGUUAUUGUGAAACUGAAGCAAUGGCGAGGCACACGGUAGUCGGGGCUAGAGCCGUUUGCCCUGCUUUCAACAGCUAGCCUUCCGCGGGUGGCCACCUAACUUAACCAACUCUAGUAGGACUAGCUGACUCCUGCGGCAACGCGAGCUCCGCGCAGGGGCUGUCUGUACCAGGUGAAGCUGGCGGCGCUCCGGUUAGAGUCGGAGGAGAAGGAUCUGGGCGCCAUGGCGUGGGUGCUGAAGAUGGACGAUGCUACCAUCGAGUCUGGGCUCGUGCACGACUUCGAUGCCAGUUUGUCUGGCAUUGGCCAGGAGCUCGGGGCUGGCGCGUACAGCAUGAGUGAUGUGUUGGCUCUGCCCAUCUUUAAGCAGGAAGAUGUUAGCGUUCCUGUGGAGUCGGACACCAAGAAUCCUCCGUUUCAGUACGUGCUGUGUGCCGCCACCUCCCCUGCUGUUAAACUACACGAGGAGACGCUCACCUACCUAAACCAAGGCCAGUCAUAUGAGAUCCGAUUGCUUGAUAACAGGAAAAUAGGGGAGAUGCCUGAACUCGACAACAAGACUGUUAAGAGUAUAGUUAGGGUGGUUUUCCAUGACCGAAGGCUUCAGUACAUGGAGCACCAGCAGCUGGAGGGCUGGAAAUGGAAUCGGCCUGGCGACCGCCUCCUCGACAUCGAUAUCCCCUUGUCAGUUGGCAUCACUGAGCCCUGCACACAGCCAUCACAGCUAAACGCUGCGGAUUUCCUGUGGGAUCUCUCCAAGCGAGCGUCUGUGUUUGUGCAGGUUCAUUGCAUCAGUACAGAGUUCACCCCACGGAAACACGGCGGAGAGAAGGGAGUCCCGUUCCGGAUCCAGAUUGACACUUUUAAACAAAAUGAAAGCGGAGAGUACACCGAGCACCUGCACUCCGCCAGCUGCCAGAUCAAAGUCUUUAAGCCAAAGGGAGCAGACAGAAAACAAAAAACAGACCGAGAGAAGAUGGAGAAAAAGACUGUGCAGGAGAAAGAGAAAUAUCAGCCUUCUUAUGACACCACUAUUUUGUCAGAGACUCAAUUGGAGCCUGUGAUUGAGGAGGCUGUAGAAUAUGAGCUAAAGAAAUCCAGCAAGCGGACACUUCCUGCAGACUGUGGCGAUUCCAUCGCCAAAAGCAAAAGAGGAAGUUGCUCUCCAUGGCCAGAUAAUGCAUACGUCAACCCCAACACAGCAGCUACACCGACCUUCACCUCCAGCACACACACCUACAGCAGUAGCAGCACAGUACCAGACAGUGAGUCAUCUUCACCUAACCAUCAAGUGGAUCUUGGUAGUUUCGUGUCUAUGGAGUCUCUGAGUCCCACAGCGUCUAUACAGGACACACAGAAGUGGCUGCUUAAGAACAGAUUUAACUCAUACAGUCGUAUUUUCACCCAUUUCUCAGGUUCUGAUCUACUGAAAUUAACUCGUGAGGAUUUAGUCCAAAUUUGUGGUGCAGCUGAUGGAAUCAGACUCUACAAUGCACUUAAGUCAAGAGCAGUGCGUCCCAGACUCACAGUCUAUGUGUCCCUGGAGGCAUCUCAGAGUGAGAGCCCUCUACUGGAGAAACGUGGCCACAGCAAAAACGGCGAACACAGCAGUCCAACAUCCAUACCUGUUUACCACGCUCUUUACCUUGAGGAGAUGACCGCUUGUGAGCUAACUAGGAAAAUCUCCAGUGUCUUGGCGCUGCCGCUGUCCCACAUCAGCCAAGUCUACAAACAGGGGCCCACAGGGAUACACAUACUACUCAGUGACCAGAUGGUUUAUAACUUCCCAGAUGAGAGCAGUUUCAUUGCCAGCACAAUACAAGAUGACACCAGUGAUGGAUUUCACAUUGUCCUGAAGUAGAGCUGCUGCAAGCAACGUGAAGCAGAGUGUGAUGACAUCACAAGGCUCCGUACUGCCAUUCUUGAGCACUGAACAUGUUCCCUCCAUCCUCCUCUCUCUUCCUUUCCUCAUCUCUCUCUCGUUCUUCACGUCUCACAUGUCGGAGAGAGAGAGAGAGAUAGCCGGGGUUGGGCAGGACCUCCUAACUGUUAGAAUCUGACUUCAGUGUGUUAUUUGUUUCAUAUUGAAAACACUUAAACUGAUGCCAGUGUGUGCGAGCGGUGGGCUUUUAAGUAUGCAUGCGAGUGUGUUUUUAAAGGUUGAAUCGGGAGGGAUGGAGGUGGUCAGAAACUGCAAAGAAGUAGAGGAGAAUUGUGACCACUUUUACUUCAGCAUGGUGUUCGUGGACGAAUCUGAGCAUCCGGCGCCGUGAUACGGCUGCGCUCAGACUCUGUCCUCACUUUGCUAGUUAUGAACGUACAGUACUUACUUGAGUUUAUCCGCCUUUUGUCUGUGAGUUGUCAAGUGUUUCACUACCUGCCCCUUCGAACUGGCCUGCAGACGCCAUCACAAACCCCUCGGUAGAUAGUAAUGACCUCUUUUUCCAAUGUGGGGAAACGCGGCCUGACUUAGGCAUGCACAGGACGUCUUUAUGUCUGUCUGGAUGAAA